CCGCAUAUCAGAUUUUGGCGCGCUUAAAGCAGCUGAUUUUUCGGUCUCAUUCGAUUUGAGGUUCCAUUAGUUUACAUUAAGAAAAUAAUGCCCUGUGUCAUGGAUUUACCCAGCACGCCCGAAGAACUGGCCCCCCAGCACAAGGACACCUCUGUUCUCAAUGACCUAUUAAAGGAUCCCAGCCGCUGGCACUCUGUUCCUUUGCUGAAUUACACUCCAUUGCACAAACUGAAAGAUCAGACUCUGGUGCGUUUCCGCGGCAUGAUCCAGGACAUGAUGGACCCGGAGAUCUACUUGGAGCGCUACGAAUUAAAGUCUGCCGAUGGCAGCAGGCGCCUGCAGAACGGAAAGUACAGGGAUUGCUUAAAACUUUCCACCGGCGAGGAAAUCGACUUCAACGCGGAGAGCAACGUGCAUGGCGAGAGGCGAACCAUGUUCGUGAUCUCCGUGCCGGGCUUGAAUGAUUGGAGCAAAGAUCACGAGAAGCAAUGCUGUCCACAGGUUACAUUGGUUAGCCAAGCUCAAUCGCCUAGCUUAGCAAAAAAGCGGACAAUCGAAGAACAGGAUGCCAUGGAGGUGGACGGAGCAGAUGAAACCAGCCUUAAGCGGCCUUGCCUCGAGGAGAUCAAGGCGAAAGAGGAGGCCAAAUCUGGCCCUUGUUCAACCACUCUAGGCUCCGAGUAUUUGCUCAACUCGCCACUACCGGAUCGUCCCAGUAUGGCUUGCAUGGUGAAGGUAUACGAGGACUUCGACAGCUACAAGCUUAACGCCCUUGUGGACUUUGUGGGCUUCCUGUCUGUGGAUUCCUCGCUGGACGCCGCCACUCUAGACGUUGACGAUUGUGAGAAUCUAAGUGAGCUUCAAGCAGCUCAUCCAUCACCCUUCCUCAUACCCCGACUGCAUGCCUUUGGCGUUCAGAUGCUGUCACAUGUCAAUCCGCUUCUGGACAAAAGUUUACGGCAGCCCACAGUACCAUGUGAAGAGGCCUAUCCAUCCCAGCUGGCCGUUCACAAGGAUCUGCGCAUGUUACUUAAACUUUGCCUGUUCGACGACGACCUGGCCGCUGAGUAUUUACUUUCUCAUCUGAUUUCAACAGUCUACAGUCGGUCCGAGAUGCAGAGCAUCGGCAAGUUUGCCCUAAACCUCUGCAAUCUGCCCAAGGAAUGUUUGCCGGACUUCACCACCAAGUUGUAUAAUAUUCUGGAGCUGCUACUGCCGGCCAGCCAUUACCUUCCACUGACCCUUGAGACGAUGAACACCGCGGCUUUUGCUCCAAAAAAGGACUAUGAGACCAACAAAUUGGUCUCUGGCGUGCUGCAGUUGGCGCCUCACACGCAUCUCGUGCUCGAUGAGACUUGCAUGCAGCAGGGCAAAUUGGAGGCCAACGGCGUUCAUGCGGUUCAGCAUUUGGCUCACUUGAUCAACAACCAGGAGCUAAAGUGCGACUUUCAGUAUUACCAAAUCGAUUACCAUGCCAACAUUCCGGUUCUCGUGCUCAGCGAAGGAAGAAGUAUGUUACCGAGCGAUUUCGUGGUGCCCAUAAAUGCUGAUGCUAAGGCAGUAGACCUCGUCAGUGAAUCUCUUAAAGCAGCCCAACACUAUCUUCAGCCGACGCGACUUGAGCAGUUUCGCAAGUAUUUAACUUCAGCACGGAUAAGCAACUUUAACGUAAGCGAGGAGCACACUGAAAUGAUCCAGCAGGACUUUGUGGAUAUGCGCAAGGCCAACGUAAAAAGUAAUGCCGAUGAUCUCCACGGAUUGCUGGUCCUUUCGCGUCUGCUAGGCAUCGCCCGCGGAAAGGAGACUUUGGACAAGGAAACCUGGCAGUUGGCAACCGAGUUCGAGUCCAAACGUCGCCAGCGCCUUCAGUCACUACCGAAAUCAACUGCCCAAGUACGUAACUAAAGGUGGAUCUUUUUUAUUUACGUUUUUUUAUUUUAUUUUACUUUAAGCUAUCAAUAAAGAAAUGAAAUCGUCUCAGUAA